UGACGUCGCUUUCUCAUCCUGCUGUUAUAGUCCUAGACAUAAACAAGGAUGUAGAUGAAGAUGAAACUUGCUCAGGAUCAGGAUUGGGAACUACGGUAGCUACAUCUUCAUGCUGAGAACAAGUUAAGAAACUAUUGAGGACGUGAUGAACGAGGAGAAACACGCACAGCCAGAGAUGCUUCUGUUCCUGUCCCUGCUGAUCUGCUGUGUGCCACUAGGAGGCAACACCUCACCAAUAACCUGCUACAACGACCAAGGAGAUGCAGUUGAUUGGUUCUAUGUGUACAAGCUGCCUAAAGAGCAUGGCGAGAAAUCUCCCCAUCAGGGUGAGCUGUAUAUACUGCUGGACAAAGGGAGUGAAGGAUGGACUAAUGGGAAGGUGACAGUGAACGACACCACUGGAGCUCUGGGCAGGACAGUCGGACAACUGUACUCACAAGGAAAGAACACAGAAGUAGCGUACAUCCUUUACAAUGACCAGCCACCUGAGGACUUUGGUGACAGAUGGGUUGACAACAGUGGAGGAAGUGGGGGUCACACAAAAGGUGUUGUCUUGCUGGAUAAGAAUCAGGGCUUCUGGUUGGUCCACAGCACCCCUCACUUCCCCCCUCCACAACAGGAAGGACAGUAUUAUUACCCCAGCAGCGGCGUGAACAACGGACAAAACUUUAUCUGCGUUACCUACCCACUCGACCGCUUCCAGACCAUCGGAGAGCAGCUUCAGAUCAAUCAGCCUAAUGUGUACGACUGCAACGUCCCAGAGUCCUUGGCGUCCCUGGUGCCCGCGCUGGCUGCCGUCUGUGCAAAAAAACAUCUCUCUGGUCACAUCUUUCCACAUAUCACAACUGUAUCCAAUCGCAGCGUGACUCUGACCUCAAAGGAUGGCACCGACUUCAUCAGCUUUGCCAAAGGAGCCUCUUUUAAAAACGACCUGUACCACUCCUGGGUGGCCCCCAGCCUCCAGUCAGACCUCCUGGUCCAGUUCUGGGUUCGCUCUACGGGCAUCCUCCCCUCUGACUGCUCGCUGGGCUGGAAGGUCCUGGACAUCACGAUCAUCAACCCGGGGCAGACGUUCACCUUCAAGACCAGCCAGGACCACUCCAAGUGGGCUGUCAGCCCCAAGGCAGCCGGGUCGAGGGGCGGAGGAGGCUGGGUGUGUGUGGGAGACAUCAACAGGAACGAGGCGGAGGAGAAGCGAGGCGGUGGCACGGUGUGUCUGCAGAACCCGGUGGUGUGGAAGGCUUACCGGACAGCGGCGCUGGAGUGUGAGGCUUGUGGAGGAGGAACGAUCCAGUGUUGACACCCUACGGGAGCCCAAUGGGUUAAGGAAAGGGCCGUCAUUUGAUAAGGCUAAUAUCCGGCAUGUGGGUUUUUAAGUGAAAUGAUAAGUUUGCACUUAUUUGGUACAAUUUCUUGUCCGAAAUAUACAGUAUAGUAUGUAUGUGUGUGUGUGUGUAUAUAUAUAUAUAUAUAUAUAUGUAUGUAUGUAUGUAUGUAUGUGUGUAUGUGUGUAUGUGUGUAUGUGUAUGUGUAUGUGUGUGUGUGUGUGUGUGUGUGUGUGUGUGUGUGUGUGUGUGUGUGUGUGUGUGUGUGUUCUAUGUCAGGAGAAAUCGAAUCAAAAAACACAUGCAUUGAUAAUUAAGGAUCUUUUUCUACAAUUUUACAUGUUUGUGAUAAUCAUAAUGUGGAGUUAUGGAUCACUAUUAAUGUUACUGCAUGUGCAUCAGACCCUCAAUAUAAUACAUUCAUGAUCAGGACCCUAGCAAAUUCGAGUGGCCAAAUCAUGGAAUUACAACAUCACGUGAUGCCUCAAAAAGACUUUCCCCCCCAUAGACUUCCAGGGUGAGAGAGACGUCUGUAGGUCAGUGGGUACAUUUUUUUUUUAGUAGCUGGCUCGGCCAAUGGGAGUCUCUAGUGCGCCUGCUCUAUGGGUUAGGUUUUUCUUUCUAUCUAGCCCCGCUCAUUUCAAACCAGUGAGAAGAGCAGAAAUCCCUUGAGUUAAAUAACUAAAACUGAUCCAACUUUGGUAGAAAAUAGUGUUUUCAUGUGGGGCCCCAUCACUCACAGUAAGAGGCCAAUUUGAGGAAAUAUGCUUUUGGGGGCUUUAAGGCACAAAAAACAUUUUACUUGUUCAUUUAACUUGUUCAGAAUGAUAAUCGGCUGUUAUCAAGGGCUGUUAGAGCCUCCUCUUUAAACCAAAUGCAUACAGGACGAUGCUAAAAGAGGACAAGUGGUCAAAUCGGACAGGAAGCAGAGGGCUUUACAGGAAACAUGGUGUUCAUUUAGAAAAACACAAGAACCACAAAGUACCACUUUAAAUGAAAGCAUUUGUUCAAGUGUCUUCAUAACCACUGGGUACUCUUUUAACUCAAACUAAUGUUAUAAGCUGUAACAUGCUGCCUCACUCACUUGAACUUCUUUUGUUUAAAUCACCAUUAGCUGGUUUGUGGGUUCUCAGGGAGCGCGUCAAGCUUGGCUGGUAGAAAAUGUAAUAAAAACUGGAUUUUAGGGAAUGUUAAAUGUAUGAAUAAUGUGGGAUUAAUUGCACAAUGUAACAUUCAACACACACACACACACACACUUCACAAACUACAGACACUGACAACAUUCAGGUGGGAGGAAUGCUUUAAUACUUUGUUUCAUGAAUGCUUGUGUUAUUAGCUGGGUUGGUAUGAGUGUUUCUAAUGUGCUUUUUCUGACAUAUCCAGCUCUUCUUUUGUUAUGUGUUAUAGUUGUAUCACAUUUCCACAUACAUUCCUUGAUUUUGCUUGAAGAUGAAGAUGCUGGCUAUCUUGAAUCAGAAUAAAAAUAAUAAAAACAAA